UCUCCCUCGUGGAACCAAUAUGGCUACCAAGCUUGGGCAUCUCGCCCGAGCAGCUGCGGCAAUUCUUUGCCUAUUGAUUUUCCAUGUUGCACCGUCUGAUUCCCGGUAUCAGGUGGGACUGGAACUUGUAUCAGCAGGGAGCGGGAGGCGCUUCUGUCCUUCAAGGCGGGCCUUCUGGACCCUGCUGGCCGUCUCUCCUCUUGGCAUGGCCAAGAUUGCUGUCAGUGGGAGGGAGUCCGGUGCAGUAACAAAACAGGCCAUGUUGUAAAGCUCGAUCUCGGCAACACCUACGCGGAUGGCUACUACGAAGUCGACUGGUCCAAAAGCCUAAGGUUGUCAAGAGAUGAGGUGAGCCCCUCUUUGGCUGCGUUACAACAAUUGAGGUAUCUUGAUCUGAGUGGGAAUGACUUCAAUGGCACCAGCAUACCUGUGUUUGUGGGCUCUCUGGAGAAACUAAGGUAUCUCAACCUCUCUUCUUCAUGUUUCGGUGGGAGAAUACCUUCCCAACUCGGUAAUCUCUCAAAUUUGCAAUAUCUUGAUGUUGGUGGGAAUUAUUUCUUCUGUGAUGAUGAGGGUAAUCAACAUGAGCCGUACACUCUGGAUUUUACAUGGUUGGCACGUCUCUCAUUGUUGAGCCAUCUUGACUUGAGUGGAGUGGACCUCAGUCCUUUUCAGGACUAGGUUCACAUGGUUAACAUGCUUUCUUAUCUGAAAGUGCUUCGCUUAGUAUAUUGUAGGCUUACCAGCACAGUGUCUGCUACUUUAAAAUCAAAUCUCACACAUCUCCAAGUCCUUGAUCUAUCAGAAAACUCGUUUAACUCAUCAUUAGAGCAAAGUUGGUUUUGGGAUGUCACAAGUCUUAAGGAGCUGCACCUAUCCGAUUGCUACUGGCAUGGAUCUAUUCCUGGAGAACUGGGAAACAUGACAUCCCUUCAAGUAACAGAUUUUAGUGGCAAUAAUGAUCUUGUGGGUUUGAUACCGCGCAACUUAGAAAAUUUGUGCAAUCUGAAAGUGUUGAAUUUUGAUGAAAUCAACAUUAAUGCAAGCAUAGGGGAAUUAAUGGAUCGAUUGCCAAGUUGCUCAUGGAGUACAAUACAAGUAUUGUCAAUGCGUGACACAAAUUUGACCGGAAAACUACCAAUAUGGAUCGGGAACAUGACUAGUCUCAGUGUUCUUGACGCCAAUGGUAACAUGAUAACUGGUACUAUACCACUUGGAGUUGGAUCACUUGGUAACUUGACAGUGUUGGAUCUCUGCUACAAUAAACUCUAUGGUGUGCUUGUGAAGGAGCAUUUUUCAGGCUUACUGAAUUUAGAGUUUCUGGACUUGUCACACAACUUCUUGAAAAUGGAUAUUGAACCCAAUUGGGUUCCUCCAUUUAGACUAAACUCUUUAUUCCUUGAGUCAUGCAUAGUCGGUCCCCGCUUUCCAGCAUGGCUUAGACGGCAGUCCAACAUUGAUCAACUUGUUCUCAGUAAUGCAAAUUUGUAUGAUAUUAUUCCUGAUUGGUUUUGGGUGAAAUUUUCCCGAGCUUCACUCUUGGAUGCAUCAUUAAACAUGUUGCAUGGUUCAUUACCAGCAAGUCUACAACAAAUGUCAGCUUCCCGAUUAUCUCUCGACUCCAAUAACCUCACAGGUCUAGUUCCACGCCUUCCUAUAAACAUAUCCAUCUUUGAUCUAUCUUCAAACUCUUUCUCAGGGCCAUUGCCACAUGAGCUAAUAGCUCCACGGCUUGAGGUGCUGAUUCUGGAAAAUAAUCAAAUUAUAGGAACCAUUCCAUCAUCUAUCUGCCAAUUGACUCGUCUGAGACGCUUGGACCUAUCACGAAACAAUCUAACAGGAGAUGUUUUGCAAUGCUGGAAUGGUCCAGACAACAAUACUUCAGUGUCCAGGGUAAACUCUGCAAAUCAAUUUGGUUCUGUCAUGUCUAUUCUAGUCUUGAGCAACAAUGAUUUCUCGGGUGAAUUUCCUAAAUUUCUUCAGAGUACCUCACAAUUGAGGAUCCUUGAUCUUUCAUACAAUAGGUUCUUUGGAACAUUGCCAGAGUGGUUACCAGGAAAAAUGCAAGACUUGGAAAUCUUGAGGUUGAGAUCAAAUAUGUUCAAUGGCCAUAUUCCUAGCAACUUUACUUGCCUUUCAAAUCUUCGUUAUUUGGACCUAGCCCGUAACAAUAUAUCAGGAUCCAUACCAUGGUCACUAUCAAACUUGAAAGCAAUGAGAUACGCAUCUGAUAGAGAUUAUGAAUAUGACUAUGUUUUUAAUGGUGCUUUUGACGACAGCAUGCCAGUAAUCACCAAAGGCCAAACACGUGAUUAUUCCUUUGAAAUAUACAAGCUACUCGUGAAUCUUGAUCUGUCAUGUAACAAUUUAACAGGACAAAUUCCAGAGGAGAUACAUUUGCUGAUUGGGCUUACUAGUAUGAACCUAUCAAGUAAUCAGCUGGUCGGCAAAAUCCCAGACAAGAUUGGUGAUCUGAAGCAGUUGGAGUCCCUGGACCUAUCCCGCAACAAGUUUUCUAGUGAAAUCCCGUCGAGUUUGUCGGCUCUAACCUCUCUGGGCUACUUGAACCUGUCAUACAACAACUUAUCAGGUGCUAUCCCAUCCGGGCCACAGCUACAAGUCCUUGACAACCAGAUUGGUAUCUACAUCGGCAACCCAGGUCUAUGUGGCUACCCUCUCCCCAAGAGCUGUUCUGCUAGUACUUCAAAUGCAGAGCAAAGUGUCAACCAUGAAGAUGCAGAUCAUAUCUCAUAUCUCUACCUUGGGAUGGGCAUAGGAUUUGUGGUCGGCCUCUGGGUGGUGUUUUGCACCAUGUUACUGAGGAGAACCUGGGUGAUUGCUUACUUUCAGAUCAUUGACAAAAUUUAUGAUGAUGUUUAUGUAUGGGUGGCUAUUACUUGGGCUCACCUGAUGAAGAACCAUGACGACGACGCAGCGUGAGGGAGC